UCUCUCUCUUCAUCCCCAUCUCCCAAGAUUUUUUGAAUCGUCAGCCAUUGUUAAGCCCCAAUCGAUCAGUCUUUUGGUGUUCUCCUCUGUUGGAAAAAUACAGUGAUAUCACUUGAUUAUAAGAGAGAGGGGCAGGAUAAAUUCGCCCAAUCAAUAAUGAAGUACGAGGCAUUGUGAUCAGUUCAGUGUCGAGUGAAUAACGUGUGGAUAAUGUGUUCGAUGGGCAUUCAGUCGGUGAUUCAGUUUUACGGAAUUUUGGGGGACUUAUCGUCAUUAGGAGACACCUCGCGUAAACAAUUUCUUGUGAUGCUACUGGAAUGACAUGGUGUUUAUGAAAACGGUGACACAUGUUACUGGAUCAAUUACUCCAAUACUCAUGGCUAAGGGAAAGUAUCGCGGUUCCAAUGGGAACAAUAAGGCCCUUCUGUCUACGAAUGGGUCAUUCAAAAACUCGGAGAUUUUUACGACUGAGUUUGAGAUCAAUGAGACGCCACCGAGUGCCAGGACACUUCUCACUAAAGGAUACAUACAGGAUGAGAUUAAUAAUUUCUCAGGUGCAACAGUAUCAACUCGCGGUAGAUUCAUGACAGAAGCCGACAAGUCUCGAUCCCCAGCCGAGCGCCCCCUGUACCUCUACAUCCAGGGGCACAGCAAGCACAACAUCGACCUAGCGAUUCAGAAGAUCCACGAGAUAAUAAAGACCGAGCACCAGAGUUCGUUGAGCCGUCCGAGUAGAUUCACCAAUGCCCCACCACCCCUGAUGAGUCUGCACUCAGGCACCCCCUCAGUCGAGAAGAUAUGCGUGGGCAUUGAGAAUGCCCCCCAGGGUUUCGACCUCAGAGGAAGAAUCGUUGGGGCUGGAGGGGCUAAUUUACUGUACAUAAGAGGAGAAACUGGUGCCAACGUAUCCCUCAGGGGUCGAGGAUCGCAGUUCAUGGAUCCAGUGCUGGGUGGUGAAUCCCCUGAGCCCCUUCACCUGUACAUUGAGCACUCGAAGCCCGAGGCAUUGCAGAAUGCCAAGCAAUUGGCCAUAAAUUUGAUCCAGACGAUGCAGUCAGAGUUGCAGGCGUACAUUCAGCAACAGCCACCGCCUGUUCAGUCACAGCAGGUGAUUGAGACAUCGCAACUCCAGCAGAUUCAGCAGGCACACUUUCAGACCAUGAAUAUUGGGGCUCUGGGGCAGUCCAAUGUUGUUACAAUUCAGCAUCAGGAUAUCAUUCAGCAUCCACAGAGCAGUGUUGUUACUUUGCCAGCUACGAUUCUCACUGCUACUAUGGCUGGGGCUCCUGGGGCUGGGGUUCCACCGCCUGGGGUGCAUAUUCCAGCUCAUGCUGGGCCUCUAGUACCUCCCACUCAAGCACAGGACCUCCAGACCCUCAUCCCCCCGCCGCCAGUGGGUCAGGUCCAGCUGAUCGCUCCCCCACCAACAGUGAGCCAAGUGCAGUACCAGAUCCACUCAGGUCAGCCACUGCACAUUCAAGUGCCCCCAUCGUCGCAUUCUUCCACUCAACCAGUAGCACAAAUGUACGUAAUGAGUCAGCCUCCACCAGCGAGUCCUGGUCACUCUGGCUUCAUAUCGAGCAGCAGUGGAUCAGUGAGUGGUGCUGUAUCCUAUGUGUACACCCAGCCAAACAUGCCACGACCCUCGACCCCCUGCCAGACUGGAAUUGAGACAGUGAAUGUCAAUCUGCAACAGCCACCCCCAUCAGCACCUUUGAACAUAACUCAUCAGCCUCCCCCACCCCUCCUCCACCUCCACUUUCCCCCGCCGAAUUUUCCCCCCAAUCAGCCGCCACCACCGGUUCCCCAGACAUAUCAAAUACAGUACCAGCAAGUGCAAACGAGUGGUCAACAGUUUGUCCUUCAGCCAGAGCAAAUAGUUCCCUCAGUCCAGCAAAAUCCAGAUCAACAUCUCAUUCAGCCGCAGUUUGACGAACGUCCUGGUCAUUAUCCCAUACAAAUGCCACCACCAGCGACACAAACGUUUCUUGUGCCAAACUCUCAAUCACCUCAUCAUCUGCCGGCUGGUGCUCCACUGCCCAUUCACGAGGGACCACAUCAUCAUGAGAGUGGACUCGAACAAGGACCACAACCAGUUCCACCACCUCAAAUGGUGCCACCUCCCAAUCAAAUUGGAAGUUCUAUGAAUGUUUUAACGAGUGUACCACCACCCAAUCAACAGGGGGGGAGUCAGAAUGCACCUUGGUUGUAUGCUGGACAACAACCGCAGGGCCAAAUGCAGGUGCAAAUGCCACCACCACAGGGCCUGCACAAUGUUCCCCCGGGGCAGAUACAUUACACCCAACAAUUGCACUAUCAGAAUGGACAAAUGCCGGAGCAACUCCAUUAUACGGUCCAGCCACCUCAACAGCCAUUUGAAAUGCAUAAUCCAGACUCUCCGGAGCAGCAAAAAGGUCACGGUGUAAAGAGGAGAUUCAACGACGUUGAGGGUCCCCAGGAGCCUCCGCCGUAUCACAAUGCACCACUGCCAAUUCAUCGGCACGGAAAUGGCAGUGAUGGUGAAAGGCUGCUGCCACACGGACAUGGUCCACCACCGGGAGGUGUUGGUCCACUCUAUGGCGAAAGAAAUAAGCCGCCUAUGCCACCUACACAUCCAGGUGAGAAACUUAAUAUGGAGCAGAAGCCCAGUGGAGUUAUGCAUGGCAGCGAUUCAAAUUUCGACGGAGAAUGCGGUCAAUUACCGCCACCAGUGCAAGGCCCACCGCAUCCCGCCCCCUGGCAGGGUCACGACGGUCGAAUGUCCUGGAUUCGGCCGCCACCGCCACCGCCACCCACAAACAUGCCACCCCCUCAAAUAAGGCCAUCACGAGGUCAAUCAGACGGCGAUCAGAAUCGCUUGUCGAUUCAAUCAACUAUGGAGCACCACGUCAAUAUCGAGUACAAUCAAAUUCCCCCAUACGCUGGAAAGCCACCGCCUUACAAUUCACUUCCAUUGAUGCAUUCAAUAUGCAAUCCACCACCUCCCCCACCGCCACCACCUCCACAUCAUCAUCAACAAAGACCCCAGUACCCUCAACAAUAUCAAGUUCCUGUUUCACAGGGUUAUCAGCCGCCUGUCUCGUGUCCACCAUGGAUGAACUCGUAAUCAUUGAAUGCAUCCUGAAUCGCUCAUCAAUAUUCAGUAUUUUUUGUUGAAUCUUUUUCUCUUGAGGAUGUUUAGCCAGUGUCGGUAAAUUGGCGGUAAAUGUGUUUUCUGUAAUUGUUUCGGAUGUGGAAAAUUUUGUAAUUGUUUCGGCUGACAGCAGAAUAUAUAAAACUAACUUUUCUAGUGUUGAGAAAAAAUUAAUUGCAAUAGUCUCGGCAGAAAUGAAUUUACUAAUUUUUCCUUUGACACGGGCUCUUACGAAAUUUAUAUUGAUAUUGACAAUUCACUAGAAGACUCUAAGAAUAGAGAUAAAUAUAGAAGGUCAUGUGUAAAAUCAUACUGCAUCCAAUGGCCAGAGAAAAAUCUGGGGUACCCGGGGCAAAAAGAGGAAAUAUUUGAA